GGACAAUCUUGGACUACUGUUGUGCCUUCACUCGUCUCCAUAUUGCGCGUUAUCUAUUUGGCCGCGAGUGUCUCUGUGGUGGUGCUUUUGAAAUUGUGCCGAUUUCAGUGUGCGUAGUGAAACUACACGAAAAAAAUGUAUGCUCUUCUGGCAUCAGCCUCCGCACUAAGCCACUUGUUGGGCGCGCCACAGCUGUGUUCCGGAUUGCGUGUUGUGGUUCGCGGCAGUGGCCGCGCCUACCACGGUCGUGACGGCAACGACUCAGCUGGUAUCUACCAGCAUAAUGCGCCACUGCAUACGGAGCAACAAAGUCAAGGCCUUUUUGGAAACUAUGAACAACAACACAAUGUUACACUAGACCUACAGGAAAAUGCACCACAGAAUCUUCGUGGACAAGAGGAAACGUCAACUACUGGGUCAACUGAAGGAAAUGACGAACAUCAGGAGGAACAUCUUCCUCCACCUCUACCCAUGUUCCCAAAAUUGCUCCAGCGAGAAGUCGCGACGUUCGUGUUUGAAGCUAUCAUUUGGAAAAGACAACUGUCAGGCGAAAGUGACAGAGAAUUCGAGCAAGUUCCCCCAGAGCUACUGCAGCUGGUGGAUCCGGCGAGCAGUACUACGAAUUCUGUUUCUAACAUCUGGCAAACCCUGACUCAUAACUGUCCUAAAGAGUAUUGGGCCUGCGGUCUUGAGGGAAAGGCACCCAGCAGAUUCGGUCUCCACCCGUAUUCGCACAUUUUAGUCGCGAUGCUGGCUAACUUCGAGACGAAAUCGAAAUCGAGGAGUCCUGGUGGAAAACGUCCUCCAGAUUCUCAACAGCCUAAGAAGUUUUUCGAACCUUUGACUGUUGACAGGGGUCAACUCGAGAACCCAUUUGAGCAUCAGGAUUCGAAAUUCAGUAAAGAUUGGAAGCUUUUAGGCGAAGCUGGCGUGCACCAGCUGCUAGUGCGUUUGUUACGUCGCAUUGAGCGAAUGCGUGACGUCAUGGAAAGUGUGGAGCUGGCGGGAGGUGCCCAUAAUAAUACUUCGCAUGGUGCGGUUCCUCACUCAUCUCACAGUGGAAGUGCUGCUGCGGAAGAGGCUAUAAGAGGCAAUGGUAGUACAGCACCGUCUAGUUCGACGUCCCCCUCGGCCGGUGUUGAAGAUAUUUCAUCUGUUGACAUAGACGCACGGGCACCACAGCAGAUGCAAAUGCUACAUCCUUUGCCAACGACGGCGACGGGUAGGAACCGGCGACGUACAACUUCGGGUGGAAGUUUACUUCUUUCAGAAGCGCAGGAAGUAGAAGCACAUCUAAUAGUACCUCGAGGAGCAGCACCACAGCAGCUGCAGCAAUCAACACUUGUGCCAGAACAACUACCUUCUACUUCUACAGAAGAUACGCGUAGGGAUACGCGACAGCGUCAACAGCUUCACGAUUUCGCCAUGAACGAUGAGUCAAAGGAGACUGGUAGCGGCUGCCUCGAUUCAAUUUUUCUCCAGAAGAAAUUUCUUGCAAGUAUUAAGAGGUACAUGAUCAAGUAUCGCAGAGAUAGAGAAGAUGGAGGUAGCACAGCACGAGAGAACCAAGAGGAACGAGAUCAACAAGAGGCAUUAGGACAGAUCAGUGGGCUCAGACAACAUUUUGCGAUACAGAAGCUAGCAUCAGGAUCAGCCUUUGCUUUGACAAGAACCCCUACGAAAUUUAGAUUAUCGCGGCCGCAAGGAGAAGGAGUAGGAGAUCAACAUCAACAAGAACAAGCGCCGGAGGACGAUCACCAGAGUCGGCUGUCUUGUUUGGAGUGGUUGGAAAAGAGUGUGGACAAUUCCUACGAAAGAGCAAGUGAACCCGAAGAUUUAGCUUCUUGUUGGUCAAUUGUGACCUCCUUGGGUAGGAACCAGAAUUUUCGUCAAAAAGGGUUGGGGAAGAUUUGGUAUAAUGAGAAUUUCACACUACAGAGGGCGUCGAACGCACCAGCACUAGCAGAGGUGGACCCUUUUCCUGUUCCUUCUGGUACCACUACUACUACUAAUGGACGAUAUCAUAAUCAACAUACUGAUGAUGAAGAAGACCUCCAAGACGCAGAAGAGGAAGUAGUGGCCGAUGGAGAGGACCCUCAUCUACUGGAUUCGAUAGAAGUGAGAGCUAUGAGGUCCCUUGGAAUCGCGUUUUUGGACGAACUACAGGCAGUGGUGGUGAUGCAUCUGGCGACUACGCAUGUGUUUUUCCAUCGUUUUCUGGGCCACGACUUUGGAGGUUGUUGUGGGGCUUUUAGAGAGCAUAAAAAGGAUUGCUGUGGAGGUGAAGGUGACUCCGACUCUAGCACUGUGUGUGUAGGGGGUCUUUGUGGUGCUGGGCAAAAGAAAGAUGAAGAAGAUCUUCAAGGUCCUUACUAUGCACAAGAACAAGACGAAGACCUAGUAGAAGGCGGAGCAUCUUCCACUCCUUGGAUCAACACAUCCUCUAUGGUCAGUGCUGGGAGCAGCAGAGACCAACAACAUGCGGGAAGCCGUGUUGUGAGUCGGAGAACUCCAACUACAGACAUAGAGUGCCCACCUUCUUCUACAGAUUCAUCAGAAGAAAGAGAUCCACUUCUGUGCGGAUAUAGUUGUAGUUCAGCUUCAGGUGGUCGCGGUGGAGACGGUGGAUCUUCCUCACGUUCAAGCUCAGGAACACAAUGCUCCGUGAUUGCUAAGAAGGUCGCUUGCUAUUGGUGGAGCAAUGCCGCGAAUCGCCUAUGCGCCGCGUCGAUGGACCGUGGCUGUUUCUGCUGUCUCAUGAGGCGCUUCAUUUGUUUCGCGUUGCCGGCUUCACACUUAUUGGACUCUUGUUGUCCUUUCCCUAUUCCUGACUUUUACGCAAAUACUGCAAAGAUGCUGAGGUGCGGUGACUGUGCAUCCACGGCUCAAAGUGUAUCUAGACCUCUGAUCGCUGGGGAAUUGAUUGACAAGAUAACAACUUGUCCGUGUGUGUGUUUCAAUGCAGUCUUUGGCCUUUCGUUCCUUCCCACAUUGGCUGCUGAAUCCGCAGGUGAACAACUGUCUUCGUGUUGCGAGAAUACCGUUGGAAAGAUUUUGCCGGCUGAUUGUCUCUUAUGCUCUUCCCCUACAACAACUAUCUUCUGAUUGUAGUUAAGAAGUACUUACAUACGAAUACAAUUAGUCAGCACAUGAGAAGAUGAUUAAGAUCCUGUUGAUCCUUUUCUUCAAAUAAUUGCGACAAACACUAACACAAUCGACAGUUUGCGAUUGCGUUUCUAUUUUUAACAAAGUCGAUUCAAUUCCAAAUCGAACAACAACAUCUUCUUCUCUAAUUCCAGCAAUUUUUUCCUCCUCAUGUGCAACUUCAUGCGUGUCUUCUCUAUGCUCUGGGGAGCUCGAUUCAAUGAAGAAAACGUGUGCGGUAGGCCGGUUCAAAUGCUGCGUAUGUUGUUGCGACCAUGCACCUUCUGGAGAACACAAUCCCGGUGGCUGGGAACUUGCAUAUAACUGUUGGGGUUAUGGCUGGAAAUACAUAGUUCAUCUUUGACUUUGACGUAAUUGUAAUUCUUGAAGAGUGCUGUGACUGUGAGUCAUUGUCAUACAGAUGCAACUGCUGAGUUUUCACUCUGUCCUGAUACAGGUACUCUUCAAUAAUGCAGCUGGUCAUGAAGGGUGAACUAUCAGCAGCAUAUCUCCUCUAAUGUGGAUGGGUGUGUCUAGGUGCCAUCAAAGAUGCUGGAGUUACCGUUAUCACACAGGAUAUUCUCAUGCAGCAAUUGAGAGACGCAGUGACUCGACGAAAGGCUUAUAUGAGGAGAACUUUUCAAAGUGACCAAGGAACUACUUUUGGCAUCUAGACCCAGACGAUUUGGUCCACGUGGAUGCGUGGUUCUUCAACAAGUAAUGGUUACGGAAACGAUAUGAGAUCAGCAGGAUUUGGUUUUUUUUUUAUAACUAAAAGAAAAAGCAAGAGUUAGAGAAUGACAUACAUGUAGUUGCAGAUACAUGCGAGAUAAUGACCGCGUCCCCAGUGAGGUCGCUGGCCUUUCUAAUUGUGAAAAACUCUUUUAGAGCCUUUCGUGGCUCGCAGUUUUUAUCAAUAGUACAACUACUUACAUUUAUUUUCUCGCAGCCGACAGAGAAGAACAAGUUUCUUUUUCUUAUUCUGCGAAAUGCAACAAGCUUACCUGACAUCUUCACCCUGCAGCUUAUCGUAUUAUUGCCUUUGGUGAAGAAUACUAUCAAUCCUAAAUAAACUGAAGAAUGUCCCACUUACGGAGGAGGUACUUGUUUGGGUACUUCUUCUUGACUAUAAGACGCACGAGAUGAUGCCCCUUGUAGUAACUUCGUUGUGUCCGCUUUCUGUGAGCAUUGUCAUACUGUUCCUGGAAUCUUUCG